CUUCCAUUUAGCGCCAAGGCGACGGUCGGCAUCGGCGGCUGGAUGGACAUGGCUCCACCCAUACUCAUAGAGUUCCUCGACGAUGGUGUUGACUUCUCGGCCAUAUUGAGCCAGUUGGUCGCCAGCAGACAAAGAAGCACUAUUGCCACAACCACGACAUUGGGAGCAUUGAUCUUGCAUACCUCGUUUGCCCUUGUUCUCACCAUGCACGUUGGUUACCUCUUUCGACGUGUCCUACUUCACCGACAACGACCCCCCAUCUCCCCACGGCACUUGUUGACCACGUACAUUCCAACCUCGGAGCGUCCAGAAGACGUACAUGCCACCGUUAAAAUCGCGACGUCCAUCCACCUAGCCAACCUCGUUCCCGGCUCUGUCCUAUUUGCAGCGUAUGCCACCAUCUACUACGGAAUGCACUUGGAGAUUUCUCACACGAUAUCCAUUGCGUCCACUCUGAGCUACUGGUCGUAUUCGCUCACGAUUGUCGGCGUGCUGGCCGCCGCGUUUGCUUCGAAGCAUGACGUUGUCGCUAGCAUCGCCGCUCUCCUGGGCACGGCUGUGAUCUAUCCACCUGUGUUGUGGUGUUCUUGGCUUGACGAAGGAUGGUUCAAUCCCCGCGCGUCGAAUUCAGUCUUUGGUGUCGGCGCCGUGGAUUUUGGUGGCAGUGGGGUCCUCCACGUCGUCGCAGGCACAAUGGUUCUAGUCCUGUCGUUGGCCUUGCCAUCUUCCACAACACCAUCCACCACACCUGUCAAACCACUUCCUCAUUAUUCCAGCUACGCUUCCGCUAGUACCAUGACCCUUUGGCUUGGCACGUGCAGCCUGCUGGUCAAUCGCAUGGUUCUGGUCGUGCCCGCCAACUACUACGUGUCCACCACAAUUGCUUGCCUCGUCAAUCCAACGCUGGCGUUCGCCGGGGGUGGACUCGUCGGUUACUCCAUCGACUUCUUCGUCCAAAACAACCACCAUGCGUUGAAGUCUCGCAGUUCCCCCGACGCCGUCCACACUUGCUCUGCGGCUGCUUUGGUGGCCAUUGGAAGUCUUGGACCGUUGGCCGAGCCGUACGUGGCAUGUCUUGUGGGCGCGUCGGCUGCGGUCAUCGUGCUCGUGGUAUCUCACCUCCCUUGGCUUCAGGCACUGGACAUCCCCCUGCAACAAACCAUAGCCAUCCAUUUAAUCGGUGGCAUGUGGGGUGUGUUCAUGGGAGGGGUCGGCGGCGCGCCUCGCAACCAAGACGACAUCUACGGACAUGGCCGGCACAUACACAGCUUUGGCCUGCUCUACAAACACCGCGGCAGUGGCGGCACGGGGGUCCUCCAGUGGGCCACCAACCUCCUCUACCUCGGGUGUGUGAUGCUCUGGACAGCCUCUGUCACACUCGUGUUGGUGUGCGGUUUGCGUCGAUUUGGCCUUGAAAGCGACAAGCCCCACGUUGCUUUUGACACGGACAUGUAUGCUGGAGAAGAUGGCUACGUGGCGCUUUUAGACGACGACGACCAUACGUCAGUGGCGGUGAGGAGUCCUGGGCAUCGCCGCCGAUCGUCUGACAUAUUGCGGCGAGUAUCGUCUCCAAUAUCGCCCAUGCCCCCCGGUUCGGUAUCGCCUUCGCUGGAAGAACUACAAGGACGACGUCGCAACUCCCCUUUCCAGUGGGUCUGACACAAGCAAGGUCAAACCAGACGUGGCUGCAAGGUGUGGCGAUUUGAGGGAAUCGAUCCACUGGCAUGUUCCGAACACAGCUGGCGCAUGUAGCCAUGCAAAGAACUUUCAAAUGCAAGAAAUUACGAUGGAAACAACAGGCGCAAUGUUGUAGAUGCGCUGGCUACAAGUCAAUGUUCCCGAAUGCCAGCCAACAACGAAUCGAAUGCGCACGAUUCUACUGAAUAUUCGAUUUUAGACCCCCCAAAUCGAAAAGUCCAUCCCCUCAUGGGGCAAAAAACCACAUGGCCCUUGGUUUUCCCAAACGCUGAUGUAGAAGAUUUUGGCAAGAAACAUGUACAUCCGGCAGUAAACUACACGCUCAGCAUGAUUGCAAACAGCACUUCGGAGAUGUACCACCCUGGGGGCUUCGAGUUUGAGGAAGUUGGCCACCGGUACGUCCGACGCGUCUUGUAGAAGGAUCAUCAGCACUCCGCCUUGCAAGUAGUUUAUGGCAAAGCUCCAAGUGACCAGCGCAAUCAUCACGACAUGAUGGGCCAUCAUAAUCAAGUACAGAUCUUUUCG